AUGGUGAUUGAAAAAAAAAAAAUGACGGGAAUUACAAAAACGUCCGGAGUAAGACUGCACCGAGAACUGGGCUUGUCCAGUGCGGUAUGUCUCAUCGUUAACGUGAUGAUCGGUGAGAGCGGCGGCGGCGGCAGCGGAAGUGGCGCAAUUUUAAUAACUACUGGACUCGUGAUGUGAUCUCGUUUCGAUUUUUUCAGGGUCCGGAAUUUUCAUAUCGGCCGGGAACGUGUUGCAAAACACCGGAUCGGUGUCCAUGUGUCUGGUCAUCUGGGUAUCUUGUGGACUGCUGUCGCUUUUGGGUAAACGCAAUAGCGUGUUUUUUAUUCGUACUCAUUAAAUAUUGACGUUAUUAUUAUUUUUAUUCACCGUUCCUAAACAGAAAAAAAAAACAGCUACAAAAAUACCUGUAUGUGUACAUACAUGUUCCCCACAAAGAUAUGACAAAUGCAGUGACUCAUUACUGUUCGAUAUAUAUAAGAUUUUUUUUUCGUUGAUACUGAAUUAUUGUUAUAACUCUGGACCCUGGGACAAGAAUGAAACCGUUCUUCGUUUCUUAAAUAAUAUUGUAUUAUCACUUUAAAGGCUUAAGUCACAUUGUUCACUUUAGUAUAAAUAUACGUAUUCAAAAUAUAUUUGUUUUUGACGUUGGUUUAUUUAUUUCUUGUAAUUUUAGUGAUCGACAUACGCCCCUCUAGCACAAGAAAUUAUAUAUCAAAUUUUAUAUUAUAUUAUAAACCUUAAAUCACAUUUUGCCAAAAACAAGUGUCACACUUCUUGACCUAAGGUCCAGAAUUACUAACAUCAUUGUUUUAUAAUUUUUAUAUUUUUUUUAUAUUGUUUAAAACUGAAAAAAAAAUUUGAAUUUAUUUUUAUAAAAUCUAAAAUUGUAUAAAUGUAUUUUAAAACAAAAAUUUGGUGUUAUAGAUGUUGAUCGGUAAAUCAUAACUAAAUGAUGAUAGUUAUUCAUUUUCUCUACUAAAUAAUAUCAAUGCGUUCAUAAUACGAUAAUAAUUUUUAUUAUACACAUAGUUAUUAUUAUUUAUUAAUUACAUUUUAGUCAUUAUUUUUAACAGUAGAAAUGAAAACAAGCUAAAAUUUUGUUCACUUCAAAAUAUUGUAGAAAAAUAAUGCCAUCGAAAUUUUGUUUUAAAAUAAAUUUAUAUAUUGGAAUCUUGAAUUUUGUUUUAAAAACAAUGUAAAAUUCUUAAAAUGUAUUUUAUAUGCAGUAUUGAAAGCAGAAAAAUACGAUUUUCCCCUAUUAUUUGAAAUUGUUAAAAAUUAAAUUCAUAACACAAUAUAAUAUUAUGGGAUUUCUUAUACUAAUCAUCAGUUGUGUGCCUAUUUAAAAUAGGUUGGGAAGUGAAGUUUAAUUUCAUAACAAUAUAGCUGUUGUUCUAUACAACUGGAAUGGCUUAUCGAAUUGGGGAAACUGCGCGUCCAAAGCAUAAAGGGACAAAUAUAUAGAUUCACUCAUCCCCUGAAUCGAAUAUAGAUAAACUUUAUUAAUAACGAAAACAAAUAUUUAAAUUCAAUUUUCAUGUUAAUAUUAUUUAUUAAUCCCCAAUAAUAAAAAUAGUUAUACAUUAAAAUUUUAAAUAAAUAUAGUAAAUAAAAAAUGUAUAUACAGAAAUAAAAAUAAUUAAAUGAACAAAUGGGUGACCUAGAGUAUUAUGAUAAUAAUAAUGAUCAGUGUAAUACACGACCGGUUUCGAAUUAAAAAUUCACCAUUAGGUAUAUCACAGUCAAAAUGUAAAACGCUACUGAAUAUAAAAAAAUAAAUGAAGGAAUAUAUAGAGAAAAAAAAAUUAUACAAAUUGGCCGUCUUAUAUAAAAAUCAUUUAUUUUAAUGGGAGAGAUUAUUUAAAAUGGGUUUAAUUAUAGAUAUAUGUUAAGAAAUAUACAUUGUUUUAUUAUUAUUUAUUGUCUAACAUGUAUUGAUAUGAGAUAUUAUUUUUAAAAUCGGUUUGUACAUUUAAAAUAUUAUUAAAAUCAUUUUUCUUUAUUCCAUUGUAUAUAUGUAAUUCUUCUAAAACUUAAUUAAUGUAAAUUUUAUUUUGAGUAUUUAAUAUCUCUAAGUUUGUAUUAAUAUCAAAGCUUAUAUUUUGGUUAUUUUCUAAAAUAUGUUUAGCGAAAUUUGAAUUAGGAACAGUCUUUUUUAAAUUUUAUAAAUGUGUUCUUUAUAUCUUUUUUUAAAAUUUCUAUUUCUAUUUGUCUUACCUAAAUACAAUUUAUUACAGGGACAUUUAAGUUUAUAUAUACCAGUGUUUUCAAAACAAAGGGGAUUUUUUGUGAAGUUUUUAGUUCUAUUGUUUAUAUGUUUGGUUAAAUUAUUAUUAGUCUUAAAAGCGAUUUUAAUAUUUUUUGUAUUAUUGUCAAUGUUAUCUAUAAUAUAAUUCGUAGAAAUAAUUUAAAUUUAAAUUUUGUUAAAAAUAAUUCAUAAACGUAUUAAAGAAACGCACUGAAUAAACUAAAUAACUUUUGUAGUAUGAAAUAUCAAAAAAUAUGUGUAACGAAUUCGUUAAAAUUAUAAAAAAAAUAAUACAAAUAAUGUAAAAAAAGCUUUUAAGACUAAUAGUAAUUUAAUCAAACAUAAUAUAAACAAUGGAACUAAAAACUUCACAAAAAAUCUCCCUUAUUUUGAAAAUGCUGGUAAAUGCUGGUAUAAAUCUCAAUAUAAUAGUGAUAAAUUGUAUUUGAGUAAGACAAAUAUAAAUUCUAAAAUAAGAUGUCAAUAACACAUUUCUGAUAAAAAAUUUAAAAAAAACUGCCCUAGUUCAAAUUUCGCUAUACAUAUUUUAGACAUGUUUUAUAAUCAUAAUAUAAGCUUUGAUAUUAAUACAAACUUAGAGAUAUUAAAUAACCAAAAUAACAUUUAUAUUAAUUCAGUUUUAGAAGAAUUACAUAUGUACAAUGGAAUAAAGAAUAAUAAUUUUAAUGUUAUUUUAAAUGAACAAACCGAUUUUAAAAAGACGUUCUAGGAUAAUGGAGAUGGAUGCAGCCACUGUUAUAGGUAAUUUAAUGUAUACCUGUAAACAACGAUAUAAACCAUUGAUAUCGAAAAAACGAUUCUGAGCGAAGUUCAGUUGAUAGUGAUGCUUUGUCAACAAUAUAUAUGUCAUAUUAUAGUAAAAUAAUUAAAUAUGCUCGAUACAUUUUCUUUAAUAAUAAUUAUUGAAUGUUGUACCGAUUUUCCCCAGUUUUUCACUUUUGCUAAGAAAACUCCGGGCAAAAUGAAAAAACCACCUCUCUAUAGUAUCUCUCCAGUAAAAUAUCCUUUCAGAAACAUUGUUAUCAUUAAUUAUUAUUAUUUUAUUUAAUUUACUGAAGUAAAAUUGCUGGUAGAAAAGUUGCCCACAGAAAAAAAAAUGGUAAUAUUAUAUUUCGUAAAUUUUCCCGUUUUUUUUUUUUCUCAUAAUGAGAAAAUGACCACUAUAAAGUAUCUCUCCACACCGAUUUCUUUUCAGAAAGUUACUCCAUGUAAAAAUCGAAGUAAGUUCUCAGGUAGAAAAAAUGUCCACAGAAAAAAAAAUAAAAGAAAUAUCUUUGUAAAACUAUAAGCUUCUUCGCUCUAAUCAGAAUCUAAAAUAAUAUUUUAUAUUAAUACAUAUUAGAUCAAAGGUUCCUAAACUUUUUAUGGCAUGACGAAAAUAAUUAAAAUUUUAGUAACCCACAAUAAUAUCAAUGACCGUCUUCUUAGGUUUAUUUUUCAUUUUGAUGAAAAUUGUUCAUGAAGUUUGUUCAGUCGCAUACUCUCAUUUGUAAGUAUAAAUCCAAUUUACUAGUAAAAAUUUAGUUCACAGGAAAAAAAAUAUUUUUUAACCUAAUUUUAUACAUUUUCUCGUUUUUCGUCAGUUGUUUUCCUGUCUUUACAAUAUAUUGAAAAAACUCUUCGGAAAAUCAAAAAAUGACUCUUUUAAAGUACCUCCCUAGUUCGAUUUACUUUCAGAAAAAGUGCUACACUUGUAAAUCGGAGCAAGAUUUCUAGUAAAAAAUUUAUUCACGAAUAGAAAAAAAAAAUAAACAUCAUUGUAAAACUAUUACAUUCCUUGCUCUACUCAGAAUUUAAAAAAUAUAUUAUUUAAAAAUUCAACGUGACCUACUAAAAGUAUGAUCGCGACCCUCUUUUAGGUUACGACCCACACAUUGGAACCUCUAAAUUUAUAUUUAAAAUUAAAUAAUAAAUAAUAACAAAAUAAUUUAUACUUCUAAACAUAUCUAUGCAUAAAAUGGGUUAUUCAUUUUAAAUGAUCAGGAGAGAUCGUUUAAAAUGAAUAAAAAACGAAAUUUCGAUUGUCUUUACUAUCCCCAGAGAUAUUGCAAUGUGUUUAUUUUUGUGGAACAGCCUGCAUGCAUCUACAAAAAUGUAAUUCAAUUUUAGUUUUAUUUUUAAGCCGUUUUUUUGUCCAACGAUGCAGGAGCAUAUUUAUUGGAGGGGGGCUGAAGGGACUACAUUCCCCCCCCCCAGAUUUCAGGAAAUAUUUUUUAAGUCUGCUUGUAUCUUAUCAGAUAUAAAUCGUAAAAGUUCAACGUAAUAUUGUAUUAAGAAUUUUAUUAUCAGAAUAUUUGUGUAAUGUACUAAUGUGUCCGACGAUUUUGUUCGUAACUAUCAUAACUUUUCGCACGCAACGUAAUAAUAGUACGUUAUUUUUAUGUGCGGUACUGCUGUAUUAUCGUAAUUUUAAUUUGUUUUACCCAGAACCGAUUGACUGAUACGUGGCCGCUCCCACGCAGUCGUCAUGCGAGCUAAAAAUAAUUCCAAGAAGUUGACUAUUUAAUCGCCUAAAUGUCGUUAAGACGACGACCGAUAGUUCAAUGACCGGUUUUCGUCGUAUAGUUUUUAUCUCUUUUAUAGUUAAUUGUUAGGUACUUUUUGUUGUCCGAUAAAUAUUUGGGCUAAUUACCUGCAGGGCUAAAUGACAUUAUAGAAGCAGAGCAAUGAGAUUUGGAAAGCUAAAUGGCAAAAUAUUGAAGUAAACUUAAGGCCUGCAACUGUUGGACUCUGCUUUAAGUGUCUUUGAUAAUUUAAUGUACCCAAACGUGGAAGCAGGGUUUACUCGUAUCUUUCAAUCUCCCCCCACCCCCUGGGCACACUUCUGCCAGUGGUCAUUAAUAAUGACCAUUACCGUAUACUUACUGUCACCAAGUAUUAUUAUAAUGAUUACUGCAGGAGCACUGUCGUACGCUGAACUCUCUGGAGUGGUCAACAAGUCCGGUGGCAAUUUCAGCUUCUACUGUGCCGCGUUCAACGACAUCCACAGCUUCUGGGGACCGUUGCCCAGUUUUGUGUACUCGUGGACGACUAUAUUUUACAGUCGACCCGCCGAAGUGGUCAUCGGAACGCUGACGUUUGCCGAGUAUUCCGUUCGACCUAUCAGUCUGUGGCUGUCCCUGCUACCGGACACAGAAGCUAUGCUGAUAAAGACGAUUUCUGUGCUUGCGAUAUGUGAGGGCUUUAAAUUAUCAUUACUUAAAAAUUCUACUAUAGAUUAGUGUUUAUGAAGAGGAGGUAGCAAUGCCACCAUUGUACUCACUAGAAUCUGUCACUGAUGAUAGGCGCUUAACUUAAACGGUCAGGGCUAUUUGGGAUACGCAUAAAUCCAAUCCUUAUUCAUUCAAGGGGGCCUAGAAGCCCAGCCCUCCCUCCGGACAUAUUAUUUCUGCGAGUUUUUUAUGAUUAAAUAAUGUGCAUAAUGUAUUAUAUUAUAUUUUAAUUGUAUUUGUGUUGUAAAAAAAAUUGUUUGGCACUCCCCCCCCCCCGAUAUUUGUGCUGAUAUAUUAUAGUAAUGGAGCCAGUUCGAACUAAUUAAUCAGAAAUGAUACUAAUUGAGGACUUAAUCGAAUGUACCCAAGAAGUAACAAUGGAGAUAACGUAGACAUAGACAGAUUUAGGAGUGCAUAAAGUAUACAUGCAAUAAAUUAGAAGAAUGACUGAUCUGUAAGACUGCAAGCACCUAUAUAUAGGUAUACUAAAGUUAUUUUGGGUGGAAAGUCGGGAAAGUAAAUAUAAAUAUAAUUAGACCGGCCGGUAGUUUACCAGGUAUACUUAUUACUUAUUACGAAUGCAAUGAUAGUAAUCAUAGAUUUACAAAACCUAAAAUCUAAUUUCGUAUUUUCUGUAAUUUAUAACGAUUUCCGUCGUGUCCAUUGUCAUUAUAUUUAGGUGCCAUCACUCUGAUAAACUACAUCAGCGUCAAGUUUUUCGUCAAGACCCAGUUCGCCGUCACCGUGAGUAAAAUUGGCGUCUGUAUAAUAAUCAUUGGCAACGGUCUAUAUCAACUGUACUUAGGUAACGCCACGUUGUUAUUAUAAAUACACGUAUUAACGAUUUCACACAAAAAUUAUAAUAAAUAUUUUUUUUCCGCGUCUCGCAGGAAACACAAAAACGUUGUCAACUGGUUUCGAAGGUACUUCCAUGACCAUAAGCCAGUUCCCCAUAGUCCUUUACAGUGGACUUUGGGCAUUUGAUGGAUGGUAAUAUUAAAAAUAUAGUUGUGCAUUUUUUUAAGUUCCGAGCGUAACGAGGGAGCUAUUGGUUUUAAUAAGAUGUUUAUUUUUUGUUCUCCCAGUUUAUGGACACGUUUUUCCUAUAAACUUACUUCGAUUUUUAUGUGUAGCAAUUUUUCUGAAAGAUCAUAUUUUCUACAUGGUACUUUAGGUUUUUUUUUGAUUUUAAAAGUCAUUAUUUAAAUAAAAGCACUUAAAUAAUAAAAAAGAAACGUAGGAAAACGUACAGUUUGACGAUUUCAUUAUUUUAUAAAAACACGGACGACGUUUUAUACCAGAAAAAUUAUUUAAUCGAAAAAUCACUAGGUACCUUUUUUUGUUGCUUUUUUGAUUAGGUAUCAUUGUUAAAACUUUUGAGGUUUUAAGGAAUUUUAAUUGUUGAGAGUUUUCUUUUUGCUAUAAUUCGGUUAUAAAUACACGUAAAGACUUGAAACUUGGUAAUAAUACUUAUAUUGAACUUACCUAAACGUGGUAAAAUUUCCAAAGUUUUUUUUUAACAAGCGUUUGAAAAUCAAAUUCAAACGAAAAUCGCAAAAAAUAUUGCGGCACUUCAAAUUAUGUAUUACCAAACUUCGCUCGGAAUCGUCUUUUAUCAGCAAUGGUUUAUCAUUGGUUAUAGAUAUAAAUGAAAUAACCUUAUGUAUCCUACCUUCCCAAUUUCCCACCUACAACAGUGGCUGCACCCGUUCCCAUAUUAGCUCUUUUUUUUUUUUUAUUUUUUAUCCUCGGCUCAUUAGACGUACGAUGUAUUCAUUUUAUUAUGUUAUUUUUUAGGGCGGCUUCUACCAUGGCGGUCGAAGAAAUCAAAAACCCCCAAAGGUAUACAUGUACGAUUUUUGCGAUUGUUUUUUUCGUAUUUUCGUCGCCGUUUUAGUACAACUUUCUCUACUUUAAUAUUCUUUACCUAUUGUUGCAGAAAUAUUUUACUGAGCUACAUACUGGCCGUACCGUUUGUCACUAUAAUUUACGUUUUGAUGAACAUAUCCUAUUUUACAGUCAUGUCGAAGUCAGAUAUGGUUUCUUCCCCUGCAGUAGCAGUUGUAAGUUUUUUUUUUUAAUCUUCAAUGUCCUCACUAAUGAGAAAAUAUAACAGAGACAUUUAGAGUGCCCUUUAAAACUAAAUUAAUUGUACACAUUUUUUGUAGGAUUUUGGAACUUAUGCACUCGGACGUUUCGAAUUCAUUAUUCCGCUUGGCGUGGCCAUAUCGACUUUUGGUUCUGCGCUCGCGACCCAAUUCGGAACUACCAGGUCAGGUUUCUAUUAUUAUUCAUUACUUUUUAUUUUGCAGGUUUUGUUUUAAAAUCGUAUUAAUAUUUGUCGUCUGUUUUGUAGACUGUGCUACGCCGCUAGCCGAGAAGGACAAAUGUUGGAAGUCUUCUCGUACAUAAGCGUGAAAAGGCUGACUCCGACCCCGGCCGUCCUUUUGCAGGUCAAUAUUGUUUAAUAUGUUAUGAUAAAAUAUUAUUUACAUGAUACUCGUGCAGAGCUUCCUGUAAAUCGUCUUUAGCACUCCUAAAUUUAAAAUUACCACUCCAAAAAAUCCUAAUCAGCUUUUUCAGAGUAAUAUUUCAUAAUUAAAGAGCAGAACAGAAUACUGGUUUCCUAUCAACAAUGCAUGUGUGAAUGAAAAAUAAUAUUAAAAUAGUUAUGAUAAAUUUGCUUAUAAAAAUUGUAAAUUAAAGGCGUAGUUAACUAUUGCAAGAGUCGUGUUAAGGGGUUUGUAGGGAAAUAGUCCCUGUGGGUCUUUGAUGUGUCAAUAAUUUUAGCGCAUCCGAAAUUGGUGGUCUAGUUGCGCCUACGGUGCAAAGAAAAUAUUAUAAACCACAAACAUUUAAAUAAUAAUAUUAUAACCGUGCUUUUAUAUACAGGGUGUAUUGGCGCUUGUAUUUUGCUUGGCGUGCGAAAACAUCAUCACUUUAAUUGAGUUUGCCAGCUUCCUGGUGUGGAUGUUUUACGGCCUCUCAAUGGUAUCACUGUUGGUGAUGCGUUACACCAUGAAAGACGUUAGCCGUCCUUUUAAAGUGGGUAUAGUUACUUAACUAUAUAGUGUAGAGUUUUUCAUUUGGCUUUUGCACCCGUGUAUAUUACACGGGUUCAGGCUUACCACAUUCCACUAGUGUACCUGCUAUAAUAAUAUAUGAAGUAAAACAUAAUAUUGUCGUGUUACCGCCGACCACCGUGAUAUAUCAGUAUAUUGUAAUAUAAGGUGAUGGCUGGCAAAAAGUUUACACUGGUGUAUAGAAGUGUUUCAGGCAGUUGGAAAACGCUAUUAUGUAUAUUCCAGUUGUGUAAUCUUUACUGGACAAUAAUACACGUUUCAAUUGUACUAAUAUAAUUAUCCGUCUUGCAGAUACCGAUUGUCGUCCCGAUAUUCGUGCUCGCCAUGUCUGUUUUGUUGUGCCUGACGCCAAUAAUUACGAGUCCCAAGCCGCAGUUCCUCAUCGCGCUGGCGUUCAUUUUUUCGGCCGUCUUGAUUUACAUCCCAUUUGUAUAUUAUAAGAGACAAUAUGCAUGUGUUGGUAUGUAUUAUAAUAUAAUUGAAAAAAAUUGUCUACAUUUCCAGCAGGUACUUACAUGACCAACAUCACAUUUGGCUGUUAAGUCUAAAAAACUCAUCUAAAAAUUUUCACAUGGAUUUGUUUGACAUUGUUGAAACAUGCUCAAAAUCAAAAGCUCUGAAUAUAAAAUAAAAUAAGAUGCUGGUAAGUUGGUACCGAAACACGAUUAAAUGGUUUUUUAUCGAACAAUAUUUAAGUGAAUAGUCAGUCCAACAGUAUUUUAGAUUCUGAGUGGAGCGAAAAAGCUUAUGAUUUUACAAAGGUGUUUAUUUUAUUUUUAUUUUUAUCUGUAAAAUACUUUUCUACCAGAAGACUUGCUCAAAUUUCUAAGUGUAGCACCUUUUCUGAAAGGAAAUCGAUGUGGAAAAAUACUUUAAGGAGAUUAUUUUAUCAAGAGUUUCAUCAAAAAAUUUAAAAAACCGAAAAAUAACGGGAAAAUGUACGAAAUAUAUUAAAUAAUAAAAUAAUAGAGUAAAAUCGUUAAUACUCGUAAAUAAAUAUGUAAAUAAAAAAUGUAUGUAUAAAAAUAAAAUAAAUAAAUGAAUGAAUGCGUCGCCUGGAGUAUUAUGAUAAGUGUAUUAUACGACUGGUUUCGAACUGAAAUUUUAUCAUCAGGUAUAUCACGGCUAAAUGUAAAACGUGACUGAAAAUUUACAAAUCGGUCGUUUAGUAAUUUACUAAAAUAUUACUAUUUUUUUUCCUGUGCACAACUUUUUUACUAACAAUUUUGCUCCAACUGUUAAUGAUAUCAAUGUUUUUAAAAGGAAAUUUAACUAGGAGGUACUUAAGAGAUGUAACUUUUUGUUUUUUUUAGGGGAUAUUUGCAUAUCUCCAUAGAGAUCCCAUACGUCCCAUAGCCGUAGGUAUUUGAAUUAAGCAUCCUGGUGUACCUAUUCCGACCAAAUAUUUUUUUUUUAUAGAUGUAUUAUAUAUAUCUAUUCUAAUCUAUACAUAUAUAUAUAUUUUGCAAACAAACACAUUUCGAUACAUAAUCAAUUAUCUACACACCUUCUUUAUGCUAUUGCUUGCAUUGAAGGUGUUGAGAUCUUAAAAUAGUUGAAUUAUUAAAUAAUUAUUAUAAAUACUAAUUAUUACUUAUAUGUACACUGUAUAUUUUUUGAUUUUCCCAGAAUUUUUCUCAACAAAUGAGAAAAACAGGAAAAUGUACGAAAUGUAGGUAUAGUGAAAAAAUAUUUCAGCCUUUUUUUCCCCGUGAACCACUUUUCUACAAGUAAUUAUGCUUCGAUUUACAAUGAUAGUACUUAUUCUGAAAAGAAAUCUGACUAGAAAGUUACUUUAAGGUCAUUUUUCGAUUUUUUGAAGAAUUUUCCUAGCAAAUGUGAAAAACCGAGAUAAAACAGGAAAACCGGGAAAAACGUAGGAAAACUGGGAAACUCGGUAUAACAUUAAAUAAAUAUUAUUAAAGAAAAAAAGAUAUAAUUCCUAUUUAAUUAUUUUACUAUACUAUUACAUACAUGUUGUUGAUAAAGCAUCACUGACAACUGAACUCCGCUCAAAAUCGUUGUUUCGUAAGCAAUGGUUUAUUGUUGUUUAAGAUAUACAUUAAAUUAUCUAUAACAGUGGCUUCACCCGUCCCCAGUAUUCUAAGACGACUUUUUCAUUUUUUAAGUGUCAUUCUUCUCCAGAAUUUCCAUAAAAAUACGUAAUAUAUAUAAUUAUAAUAGGAAACAAUUUAUUUUUACAUUCUUAGGUUCAAAAAAUUGUUGAUAACAGUUUAAUAAAUUAGUUUCGAUCAUUUUGUCAAUAAAAAAUUAUAUAAUAGUUAUAUUAGUUAAAACUGUAUUAAAAAAAACUGCAGUUUUCAUUAUUAUAGUUUUUAAGACAAAAAGGCGUAUUAGAAACAAUUGUAUACAAUUCAAAUAAAUUAUUGUAGUUAAUGUGAUUUGUAAUUACUUUUAAACUUAUAUUUAGUCCAUACAAUUAGAAAGAUUGUUCUUCUUCUUUUUCGCCUUCAUCCCAACUAUUUUGAGUCAGUCACCCUCGUUCUACACUUUCACUUGGUUAGAUCUCCCACCUCGCAUACACCGACUAUCUUAAUAUUUUCGAUCGUAUCCAACCAUUUCUUUUUCAGUUUUAUUCUCUAUAAAUUUCCUCCUACAUUUAUUUGUAUUACAACGCUUACUGCUUCAUAUUGGUUUCUUCCCAUAAUAAGCUGAAACCAUCUCAAUCAACUUUCUCUAAUUUAGUCUACAUGUUCAUAUCAAAGCCACGUCUAAGCUACAUCUUAUGUGCUCAUCCAUUAUUAUAUUUUCUCUCGUCAUUUUACUCAUCUAAUUAAGCAUCUCUGCUACACUGUUCUAUUUUUCUGUAUGCCACCAAAUUUGAAAUAUUGAAAUUAUAAUAUAAUAUUUUAUUUUAUAAUAGGUUAUCUUUUAUAUAAGAGCUGUUGAAACUGAAAAGUGUAAUGAUUUAAUUUCUUGUUUUACAAUUAUUUAAAAAUUAUUUAUUUAUGUGAUCACAUAUGAUGCUGAUGAGAAAGCUUUUAAAAAAUGAAAUAUUCUAUAAAUAAAAUAAGUUUUUUGAAUUUUUUACUUAAGCCUUUCGUUGAAAACACCCUCCUAUAUUGUUCCAUAUAAUCGUGUUGUAAUGCCAACUUUCCUGGCACCACAUUUUCUUUUACGAGUUUAAAGCUUGAUAGUGAACAACAUUUUCCAACAAUGUCCAAUAAGAUCGUGUGAAUAUUGUUAGAUGAGUGUUUUGAACUUUCAGCCAAUACGGUGUUAGUCAUUUUGUAUCCAAACAACUUUCCAACAAGUCUUAGUAGAGAUUUGCUUAAGCUCUGUAAACUUUAUGGUACCCUAUAUAUUUAUAUAUAAUUUGAUUAGUUUUAAUUUCUUUGCGCUUUUUAAUUCCGUAUAGGAAUACUACGAUAUAAUGUUCAGUUUCAACUUUUCCGCUGUAACUAUACAUGCAUUUACACACAUUUUCAGCUCUAAUUUUACUCUAAUCCUAAUUUCGGGACCUUCGCAUUAUAGAAUUAUUGUCCAACGGUAAAAAUUUAGGGAUCUUUAAGUACAUUGAAUACGAAUAUUUUUAAUUUUCGAAAUUUCCCAAAAUUGGAAAGAUCCGUUCAAAUGUGCCGUCACCGCCGUCAUAAAUUACAUACAAACCAAUGGAAUAUAACUCCCAUUAGAUUAAACUGAAAAUGCCACACGAAAGAAAAAAGUCACAUACAUAUUCAAAAGUCGACAUCAUUUUAAUAUGGCCUAUAAUAUUAAUAUUAAUUUCUAUCAAACUAUACUACACCUGAGUCCGUAUAAUUAAAUAAAUGAUUUAUAACUUUAAUUCUGAUUACACGUUAUAUAUUUUAUGUGUCCGCAGAUAGUUUUACUGACAUGUUAAAAAAUUGCUUGGGAGUCGAGCCACCAGCAGAUGAAGAAUCAUAUACGAUGGAUACUAUGAAGGAGGAUAAUCGGGAAAGUCCGCAACUGUCGUAA